AUGGUGGUCAAGAUUCGACGUCUGAUACCAAGUGUGAUCCACAACACUAACUCAAAGAAGGAAAACGUGGUGCUGGUGGCAGUGAAACACAGACAACCGCAUGUUGUUGAGGCACUUAAAACAGAACUAAAAGAUGAAGUUUGGAAUACGUUGAUUCAGGCAGUGGAUGACGAUGACAACACAGUUUUGCAUUUAGCAGCACAAAAACAAGUAGGGAGAAAGCCUUGGAAUGUUGCUGGCACUGCCUUAGAAAUGAUGUGGGAUAUAAAGUGGUGUCAAUAUAUUAAGAGCCUUGUACCGCAACGUUUCUACUUUAGAAGCAACAGGGAGUCAAAGACAGCAGGGGAGAUCUUUCAGACAUCACACGAGAGUCUUGUGGAAAACGGCAGUGUGUGGUUGAAGGAAACAUCGCAAGCAUGCUCUGUGGUGGCAGCACUUGUUGCGGGUGUCUCCUUCGCCACAGCCAGCCAAUUCCCUGGUGGCACCAACGGUGAAGGCAAGCCGCAACUAGAAGGCGAAGCAGCAUUCCAUGCAUUCGCCAUGGCUUCCCUCGUCGGCCUUUGCUUCUCUGUGACAGGACUCAUAAUGUUCCUGUGCAUCCUCACAUCUCGAAAAGAAGCCAAAGAUUUUCGCAGGGCAUUGCCGCUGAAACUGCUUCUAGGGUUGAGUUCCCUCUUCGUCUCUAUUGUAGCCAUGGUUGUAUCUUUUUGCUCUGGCAAUUUCUUCAUCUUCAGUAGCAAGUAUGAGAGUUUCCUCCUCUCCUUCUAUGCAGCUACUUCCGUACCUUUCGCUCUCUAUGCCUUGGCACAGUUUCCGCUAUACUUUGAUCUUCUAAUUACUAUUAUCACUAGGGUGCCUUGGCCAAGUAAUAAAGCUGACAAUUUCUAA